AUGUCAGCUCUGAGCACAACCUUGAUACCUAUCACUUGGGUUUUGCCAUUAUUUUGGCUUUCGUUCUGUUUAAGUAGGACAGAUGCUGCCGCUACUGCAAGAGUUCCUCCCCGUGUCGAUCUCAGGUCUGUCCUGACGAAUCAACAAUGGUCGACCAAUACUACCAUCUCAUUUACCGGUUCCCCGGAAUUUUAUAACGUUACAGAGCGAUGGACUACAUUUAGUGCCCCAACCUAUAGCGCUGCCGUCAGUCCAGGUACAGAAGAAGACCUCGUGCGAAUUGUAAAACUUGCGACAACUCACAAGAUACCAUUCCUCGCUACCGGAGGCCGUCAUGGAUACACUACUACCCUAGGACGUCUCCAUAACGGUCUGGCUAUCGAUUUGAGUCACUUUAAUUCCCUUAACCUAAACACAACUGCCCAGACUCUUACAGUUGGUCCUGGUGUAAGGGUGGGCGAUAUAUUUGAUCCGCUAUAUAACGCCGGUUUCGAAAUUCAAACCGGAAGUGCUUCUUGUCCCAGUUUAAUUGGCGUAACACUCGGCGGUGGCGUUGGACGUUAUCAAGGCGUUUACGGCUUGAUUACGGACGCAUUAGUUUCCGUGCGCAUAGUUACAGCCAGCGGCGACAUUGUUCAUGCGUCUAAGGACUUUAAUUCCGAUCUAUUCUGGGCUAUCCGUGGAGCGGGCGCGAAUUUCGGCAUCAUCAUAUCCGCCACUUACGGACUUCAUCCACUAAUCGAUGAUGGCGAUGUUUUUACCGUCGAGUACAUUAUUCCAAAGGAAAGAAGCUCCGAAUACUUCAGGACUAUAGAGUCUAUGAGUCCCCUACCCGCGGAAUUAGCCUCCAUUAUGUUGAUCAACUCCAACGCCACUACAAAUAAAACACAAGUACAAUCCCAAUGGACAUAUAAGGGACGUGAAGAUAAAGCGCGUGCAGCCCUGGCCCCAAUUCUUAGCCUUGAUCUCGAGGUUACCCGAAUGGCCAUUGACCCAUGGAAUAGACUUAUAGACAAUGCAUUCGGGGGUAUCAUGGAUUCCAUCUGCCGAGCCAACAUAACCCGUGACCUUUACAGUUGGAAUAUGAAGAAUUAUUCCGCGUCAACAUAUGAUGCAUCAUUUGCUAAGAUGGACGCCUAUUUUGCCAAGUAUCCCGGAGGGCGCAACAGCGUCUUACAGUUUGAGUUUUUCCCCAAUCAAGCCAUGGCAGCCAUACCGUCUGACGAAACGGCGUUUCCUUGGAGAGAUUCAACUGGAUAUAUAAACUUCAACAUGCUGUUUGACGAUAGAGACAGUGUUACACAGAGCGCUUCGAUUGCACUCGGGUUAGAGCUGCGGGAUGAUCUUGUGGCUACAUCUGGGUAUCCGGAGCUCACGGUGUUCGUCAAUUAUGCUCAUGGUGACGAGAAGUUGGAGCAGAUCUACGGCAGAGACAAGUUGGCCCGUCUGGCAGAUUUAAAGAAGAUCUGGGAUCCGAAUCGCAUAUUCAGUUACAACAACGGAUUGCCUACUCAGUAUCCUUGA